UUAGUUGGAGUGUAUUAUUUUGCCAACAGUAUAUCCUCCUGCAAGACAUCAAGUCACAAAAAUUUGGUAGGACUACUUGUAACUUACUUUUACUAGUGACAUUGUAGCAUAGAGUGUCACGUGUCAAAGAUUGUUAUUCCAACGCAGUUAAAAUAAUUAACGUAUCAGCAGGGCAAAAAAAAUACGUUUGAAGAAAGAUCAAUAUUAAAAAGUAGGCUACAUAGGCGACAGAAGACAAUAAUGACAUGGGAAUUAUACAGCAGAGAAACUUUACGGAUCCAUUUGCUGCUGAGGUUUCUGCUCUAUUUUCACCUGGCGACCGUGGUUGGAGCCAAUGGAGACGUGGCCCAUCAUCACACCCGCCUGACUGUCAACGCCCCCCACCUUUCCUACAUGUGCGAGGUGGGUGCCAACGUCACCCUGCUCUGCGCCCAGAGAGGUGCCAAGCUGCACCCCUUGGACCACCUGCAUCAAAGCUGGCUUUUCACCCCCCACUCAGCUGAGCAUUGCCAUGACAAGGUGCACCCCCGCGACCACAAUCAUCGGGGCAACCAUUCCAGUGCGGCGCUUCCUUGGGGGGUAAAGUACGGGGCAAGCGAAGAGUCUUUCUGGGUGCAACUACAGCUUGUCAACAAUUCUGACCAAGGGCGUUACUGCUGCCUCUCCCUGGAUAUUAACAAUGGCAAGGUGGUGCAGAGGACGCAUAGCCACGUCUUUCUCACUAUCACACCUCGGAAAAGAGACAAGGCCAAAUGCACUCUAUUGGACAUCAAGCCAGCAGAAGCGUCAGUGACUGCAGGCCUGGCCACAGCUGCUUGCAUCAUGGCUAUUCUCUCUUUGCCCAUCAUCCUGGUGUUAGUGUACAAGCAAAGGCAAUCUGCCCAGUUCAGCCAACGUGCACAUGAGCUGGUGAGAAUGGACAGUGAGGCUGCAGGCCAUGAGAACCCAGUAUUUCUGGGGGUCUCACCCCCGGGCCAGGCUAAGACCAGGACUGUGUCUCAAAUCAUGACCAGGCAGUCCUCAGAGACAGGCCGACACCUGCUUCUGUCCGACCCUGGCACCCCCCUAUCUCCUCCCGCACACGGAGUUGUCUUCUUCCCAGAACAGGAUCCCAUCCUAGAGUCUCCUGAUUUCCUGCAAGUAUAGAGAGAAGCAGUCAAUGGCUCCCUAACCCAGAAACAUCUUGUGGUUAGUUAUUCAUCGUCACUCUGCCAUGUCACCCUGAAGCCUGUCUCACAACCUUCUCUGCUGGGAGAGCUCUCUCUCUGUGUACCGCAUCCUGGAUGAAUGGGAGAGGGAAGGAGGGGACAGUUUAUUCUAAAAUAAAUGUUCCACCUGCAACAACAACUGGAGGAGGCCAAAGAGGGGGAGGGGGGGGGGGGGGUUUGUUCUCAACACUUGUGUUGCAGUGGGGGCCCGCUAAGUACAGUAUGUGACGCACCAUCUGACCACUGACGACAGCUCAAGGACCAGCAGGUGCUCCUGAUCUGAUGUCCCAGGACUGUACUGAGGAGGAUGGGGGGAGUGUGGGUGCAGGGUGGGCUGUAGAGGAUACAAAGCAACUCCCGUGGACUCUUGAUGACAUGCUCCUCACCAUUUCCCUCACCAUUUUCCCCAAAGAGAUUUCCCCCAUAUAGGGCCCAUUCCCGGACACAGAUUAAGCAUCAAUCUAAAAAAACAGUGUAAACUUUGGUUUAGACAUUUGUUUUCCACUAAUAUUUGACAAACCUAUUUUUCAGUGGCAAUUGACGAGACUGACGAGACAGACCUAGAAAAAUCAAACUGAACGAAAGUGAUUUUUCAUUUCAGUCGACUAAAAUGAGACAUGACAACAUCUAUCUAUCUCUGUGAUUAAAAUCUGACUCUUUAGUGGACAGGACAAUAGUUUUUGAACAAAUCUAGCACUUUUCAGUGAUAAGCACAAUUAAUAUUAGCAGGACAGAUGUAGUUCAUUUCAGCAGUAGGAAUGAUGCACCACAUCUGGCACACACAGCCUCCAUCAGCUGGUGAGCUGGGUCUACGAUUAGACACAUUGUGCAGGCAACUCUUCUUAAUUUCUCCACAUUGCGCAGGCAACUCUUCUUAACUAGCAUUCUAGUAAUAGUACAACUACAGUCUAGCUAUGUUCUUCUCUUCAUUGAGUAGAGAAAAGUAGGCUGUUUUUUGAAUUUGUAGUCUUCGCGCAAUCCUCCCACCUUCCCCACUGCCUGUCAUAGGCAGGUUCUGUAGCCAAGUCUCCCUUUUUUCCUCAGAGAAAACGCUUGAUGCUAGCCCUUACUGUUCAAAAGAUAUGACCCUGUAAUUUUGACAUAAAUAACAUUGUGGGCCGUGCUAAAAGUAGGCUACUUGCGGACCAGACCAUUAACCAUUUGUUUAGACUACAGCUUGUUCAGUCAUGUUACCUCAAUAGCUAGCUAUAGCUAACAAACUGGGGCUCGUUCAGCAGUAUGCAACUUUUUGGAAUGUUCAGAUAGAAAUAUGCUAUGUAGAACAAACAUGCCUCUGACAUUUUGCUACUGAACGUGGCUCUGGUAUUACCAAUAGCCCACUGUAUAUGCAAACAUUUGGUGGCACAGAAAGAAAGGAAGAAAGGGAUUGCAAAAAAUGUAUUGACUAAAUUCUUCUUGCCACUCCACCUAUAUCUGACUCGGUAAAUAGAGUUAAUGUGCACCCAGUGACUCGAGUGUGUGUGUGUGUGUGUGUGUGUGUGUGUGUGUGUGUGUGUGUGUGUGUGUGUGUGUGUGUGUGUGUGUGUGUGAUAUCUAUGCAAUAUAAAUUAUGUGAAUUAAAUGAAAGAGCAUUUAGUUGACUAAAAUGGCCCAUUGUUUUCUUCAUUUUGACAAUAACUAGAUAAAAUCAUUAUUAUUUUUUUUUUUACUAAGACGUAAUAUUUUUGUCAAAAUUACUAAGACGAGACUAAAUCUAAAAAAAGAGGGACACAAUUAAAUGGAGAUUCUCCAUUGAAUGUGCUUCUUAGUCCAACACCAUUAGCUUUAUCUGUGUUCUGGAAACUGGCCCAUAGUGUUCUACUUCUUUCUAUGAUGUUUCCCUCUUCCUAUGGCUCUGAUAUGCAUAUUCAGCACAUUUGUUUGUGCCAAAGUGAUCAGGGUAGUAAGAGGUGACAUGUGUCAUGUGACAUGUAUGUGCUGACAGUAGUCUUUUAAAGCCAUUUCAAACCAGCCUUAAACAAUUGUUUCUAAAAAUGUGUUUCUCUGAGCUGUUGUAACAAGACCAAAGCCCCACUUUUAUUUAUCUAAACGUCCCAUUCUUGUGUUGUUCCUCUUUCCCCUUUUAUAUAUUUCACUACCUAAAAUACUGUGUUUCUGUAACCCCCCUCCAACCCUUCCCUUUCUUCGCUCUUAUUCCUUCCCACACCCUUCUCUGCACGUAACAAUGUCCAAAUAUUCAACCAGUACUAGAAACUGUCAAAUAAAUAUUAGAGAUAUAUUGCUAUGCUGGAUGGUCUGUUUUUGAAGAGAAGUGUCAAUUUUGGCUAGUGGAUGGAUCUAGUAACGCAAACUCAAUGAGCCAAAUGCCUUCACUGCCAAGAUGACCAACGUGUUUAUUCCAUGGUUUUCUUGUGUUUACUGUUUUGUGAUAUCCUUUGUCAUAUUUUGUGCUUAUACUUGAUUAUUUGUUAUUUUAUGUUUAUCUAUCUGUAUGUAUACAUAAGUGAAUUGAAAAGUUGUUGACCAAAGCACAAUCAGUCAGAGCAGGACAGUGAAAGCAUGUGUGAAGUCGACUAAACUGGCAUUUCAAACAUGAUGUUUAGAUUGUGUCUACGGUAGUGAUAGGUGGCUAUCGAAUACUACUGUAGAUAUUAGAUAAGGAGUGUUCAGUGAAUUGUACUAAAAACACCCUGAAAUUAGUCAUGUGUGUGUGUGUGUGUGUGUGUGUGCAAUAGCCAAACAGCUGCAGCUUUGGCAACACCAUAUGAAAUAAAGCCUUUCCCCAAAAUAAUUAAAUAAAAUGCUGAUGUAAUUUUUUUCUAUAAUAAAUCGGCGCUCUUAAACCUU